AUGUUCAUGAAACAACUUCCUUCUUUAAGAGAAUUGAAAUGUGACACAAUUGAAAAUCAUGAAAAUCUUCCUACCUUUAUAAAUUAUCCGGGAGCGAUAGAAUGUUUGAAAAAUCUAUCGGUGUUAAAGUGUAGUUCGGACAUUUAUCCUGAAUUCUAUUAUCAACUAUCACAAUUGUGUCACAAUAUCAAAUCACUAACUAUAAAAUUCAAAUUCGAGAUCUCCAAUGGAUUAAUAAAUUUAAUCUCCUCACAAAAUAAUCUAAAACAUUUAACGUUAAUAAUAAUACAAUCAAGUUUUGACAAAAUAUGUACAAAAGUCAUACCUUCGUUGACGAUUCAUUCAAAAACUUUAAUCAAAUUACGAAUUUACGGGGGAGAGAAUGAUGGACCUUUAUCAUUUAUCGCUGAUUUUAAAAAUUUACAAGAACUUUUCAUAUUAUUUUAUUAUUUAGAUACAUUUAGAGAUUUUAAAGAAUUACAACAUGUUGAUUUACCACAUUUGCGAAUUUUAAAAUUUCCAUACGGUUACCCAAAUCAUGUGUACUUAACCAAAUUCUUGGAGAAAAAUGGAAAGAAUCUAAUAGAAUUUGAUAUUGGUGAUGAUAACAUUACAUCAAAUUUGGCUAUUGCCAAAUUUUGCCCAAACCUUAGGAUCCUUUCUACUUUAAUAGAUGAUUUGUCAACAUUAGAAGAAAUUCUCAUUAAUUGUCAACAAUUGGAAAGUAUUAAAGUUUGGUGCGGUAAUAGCAUUCACUUUUUUGAUGAAAAAGAAGUAUUGGAACUUGUCGCAAGAUGUUCACCCAAAAAGUUUUAUGAGCUAAAGAUUUAUUACGCGGAUAACGUACAAUCAGAAUUGCUUUCAAAAGAUUUGGAAUCAUUUCUAUUAAAUUGGACCAAUCGGAUACCGCUUUCGCUGAUCAUCAUUAAUAAUAAUCGUUAUUGUACAAAUAGUUUAGAUACGAAAAAAGAAAAUAUGCUAGUUAUUAAAAAAUAUCUUAAAUUAGGUAUAAUCAAAACAUUUAAAAUUUUGAUAGAUGAUGAUGAAUAA